UCUUGCAUACAGUGUGACGUCACUCUCUGUAAGGACCGAAAAACCCAGCACGAGAGGAAAUCCGCUCCUGAUUUUACUUGCUGUCUCAGCUGUUUGUACUUACAACAAGUUCUUUCAGGCGUGUAGGAAAAGAAAGCAGCUCUAGCGAUGCUCUCUGCUAGUUUUAGAGACUGUGCGGCAUGGAGGGCAGAAGGCCUCCCACUGUCCACCAGCAGUAACGAAGCCUGCAAGUUAUAUGAUGCCACACUCACACAGUAUGUAACCUGGCGUAAUGAUGAGACCCUUGGCGGAAUAGAGGGGUGUAUGGCAGCAAUCCAUGCAGCUGAUCCAAACUUUGUCAUGGGUCAUGUGAUCAGCACUGGACUGCAGUUGGUGGGUACAGGCAGUUCAGUGCUACGGGACCAAACGCUGGCCAGUGGCGUGAGGAAGCUGCUGGAUCUGGCCCGCUGUCAGGAGCUCACAGCCCGAGAGAAACAGCACGUCAAAGCCGUCGAGCUCUUCUCGAAAGGAGCCUUGGGCAAGGCCUGUGAUGUGUGGGAGGAUAUUCUGGUGGAGCACCCCACAGACAUGCUAGCUCUAAAGUUUUCCCAUGAUGGCUUUUUCUAUCUGGGGGAGCAGAUUCAGAUGAGAGACUCUGUGGCUAGGGUUCUUCCCCACUGGAAACCACACAUGCCGCUCUACAGCUAUCUAAAGGGCAUAUAUUCAUUUGGACUUCUUGAAACUCAUUUCUACGACCAAGCUGAGAAAGUAGCAAAGGAGGGUCUUGCUUUAACUCGUGAGGAUGGCUGGUGUGUCCACUCUGUAGCUCAUGUGCAUGAGAUGAAGGCUGAAAUAGACAAGGGUCUGAAGUUCAUGGCCUCCACUGAGAAAGACUGGGUGGUGUGUGACAUGUUGGCAUGUCACAACUACUGGCACUGGGCUCUUUAUCAUAUUGAGAAGGGAGAGUAUGAGGCAGCAUUAACAAUCUUUGAUGAACAGCUGUCCCGUCGCUGUGUAAAGUCUGGAGCCAUGCUGGACACAGUGGAUGUCUGUUCACUGCUUUACAGACUGGAAAUGGAGGGUGUAAGUGUGAAAGACCGUUACCGGGAGCUGCUGCAGGUGACUGAGCCCCAUACUGAGGACCAUACUCUAAUCUUCAACGACCUCCACUUCCUUAUGGUUUCUUUGGGUUGCAAGGAAACAGGAAUCACACAACGAAUCGUGGAGAGCCUGCGAGAGCUGUCAAAAGAGCCUGAGGAAAACCAUCAGCACCAGCUUGCUAGCACUAUUGGGUUACCCAUGUGUCAGGCCAUGGUGGAAUAUGAUGAAGGAAACUACAGUAAAACAGUGGAGCUGCUUAAACCAUUGAGAUACCGUCUCGUACAGAUAGGGGGCAGUGAUGCUCAGAGGGAUAUUUUCAACCAGCUACUCAUCCACGCUGCCAUGAAGUCACAAGACAAACACCAUCAAAAAUAUGCCAGGUGCCUGCUGGUCGAAAGAGACGCAGCGAGACUGAACUCCCCUCUCACUGCCCGACUCAUCCAAAGAGCCCACUCUCUACACAUUUAACUUCAGACUUCAACUAUUAUUUCUUCCUGACAAAUCAUGUGACCUAUACAUUUCAAUAUAAUCUUCAAACCCUUUUUGAUCA